CCUCUCUCAGAUGUCAGUAGACUUUCUUAAUCUGUCACUUUAGGUGGAGGUCCUUUAAUGGAAAAAGGGAAAAGUGGACACCGCUCCUGUUCUAUUGGGGAGUUUUAUUAACUCUUGUCUGAUUAAUUCGUGACUGAAAAAGCGCCUCUUUUCUCCUCUUUUUGACCCGAUAGCUGCAGGAGGAUUAAUGUGACAGCGGUGGAGAGGAGCACCACCCAUGCAGCCGCGUCAGGAGCUACAAUGCUAACAAAUGUUAGCUUCUGCUGCUACCUGUGGGAACUAUGGUCCAUCAUUCUGAGCUGAAAGCUCCGGCCCACAGAGCGGCGGUGUGAGUGGAACUGUCUCUGGUGUCGCUCCCACGGCGUGGAAGCAGCUUUCGGUCGGUUUCCCUUCCCGUGUGGCGUGGACGCCCAGCCGUGUCCCAGCAAUGGGGCUCCAGGCGCUGGAGUUCAGUGAGUGCUAUCUGGACAGCCCCAACUUCAGGGAGAAGAUCAAGGCUCAGGAAGCAGAGCUGGACAAAACCAACAGGUUCAUCAAAGAGCUCUACAAGGACGGAAAGAACCUCAUCAAUGCCACCAAACAGCUGGGGUUGGCUCAGCGAAAGUUUGCCCAGUGCCUGGGGGAGUUUCAGUUUGAGUACAUCGGCGAUGCAAAGACAGAUGAUGAAAGAUGCAUCGACGAGUCUUUGCAAGAGUUUUCCUCUUUCCUCAAAAACCUGGAGGAGCAAAGGGAGCUGAUGAUGAGAAACAUCACAGAGACAUUAAUGAAACCCUUGGAGAAGUUCAGGAAGGAGCAGCUGGGCACCGUCAGGGCGGAAAGAAAAAGGUAUGAGAAGGAGACGGAGAAGUACUACGGCUCUCUGGAGAAGCUUCUGAACAUGUCGGCGAAGAAGAAGGAGCCGCAGCUGCAGGAGGCAGACAGCCAGGUGGAAACCAUGAGGCAGCACUUUCAAGAGGAAUCGCUUGAAUAUGUUUGCAAGCUGCAGGAGAUCCAGGAGAGAAAGAAGUUUGAAUGCGUGGAACCGAUGCUGGCCUUCUUUCAGACCAUGUUCACCUUUUAUCACCAGGGAUUCGAGCUUGCCAAGGACUUUGACCACUAUAAAAGAGCGCUGCAGAUCAAUAUUCAGAAUACAAGGAGUCGAUUCGAGGGCACGCGGUCAGAGGUGCAUGAGCUGAUGAAGCGGAUCAAAGACACCCCCCACGAGUACCGCCAGACCAGCCCCAUCAGCUUUGAAGGUUACCUCUACGUGCAGGAAAAACGACCCCCUCCCUUCGGUUCAAGCUGGGUCAAGCGCUACUGUACGUUUGUGAAGGAGCAGAAGAUCCUGCACAUGGUGACUUUUGACCACCGAUCCGGUGGAAAGAUUGGGGAGACGGAGUCCGUCACGCUCAAGUCCUGCGUCCGCAAACCAACAGACAUGUUGGACAGGAGGUUCUGCUUUGACCUGGACAUAACAGACAGGCCCGGGACGGUGCUGACUGUUCAGGCCCUGUCAGAGGAUGACCACAAGCUGUGGAUGCAGGCCAUGGGUGGGAAGGAGCCUACUGGUUAUCUUGGAGUGACUCUGUCUAAAGAAAGAGGAAUCGAUGCCCAGUUGGAUGAAAUGGGUUUAACUUUUGUGAAGAAUUCAAUCAUUGCUAUUGAGACCAGAGGCAUUAAUGACCAAGGUCUGUACAGAGUUGGGGGAGUAAGCUCCAAGGUCCAGAAGCUUCUGUCAUUGAUGAUCGAUGAGAAGAGUAACGAAGUGGAUCUCUCAGCCAGUGAAGACUGGGACGUCAAGACGAUAACCAGUGCGCUGAAGCUCUACCUGAGGAGCCUACCGGAGCCAUUGAUGACCUAUGGACUGUAUAAGGAGUUCAUCAGCCCUGCAAAGGGCGGCAGUCCCGAGUCUCGCAUCCAAGCCGUCCACUGCCUGGUCCACAAACUACCGGAGAAGAAUCGACUUGUCCUCGGGCUGCUCAUGAAGCAUCUGGCCAAUGUGGCGAUGCACAGCAAACAGAACCUGAUGACCGUCGCCAACCUGGGCGUUGUGUUUGGGCCCACGCUCAUGAGGCCGCAGGAGGACACAGUCGCUGCCAUCAUGGAUCUCAAGUUCCAAAACAUUGUUGUGGAAAUCCUCAUCGAGCACCAUGAGAAGAUCUUUACAGAUACUCCUGAUCUAAGCCUUUCGUCACCCGCCGGCCCCGUCUUAUCUGCUCCCACACGGCAGUCGAAGAAGCUGAGUCGACAGAAUCGGCCUUUAGCCGUCUACAAUCCUCAAGUCCUUGACAUCCAGAACGCAGUGGGAGACUACUCCACCCUGUCAGCAGAUGAAACCUUAACGGGCAGCAAUGAGUCGGUAUCUUCCCAGUCUUCGUCGGCCUCCACCUCAGAGCCGCCUGCAGAGAAGGCAGAUCAUCCAGCCCUCAGCGGCAGCCUCAGCUCAGGCAGCAACUCCAGGUAGG